ACGCUGCUUGACCUUUGAAAUGGGGAUGCCAUACAAAAAGAUCACGCUGCCUAUAAGUACCAGCUCAUGUACCUCUGCUCAAUCCAGAUCCAAGAAGCACUGAUAGCUAUCCAGCAUUGACCGGUCGAUCAUGGCGAGGUUUCACCUUACCGUCCUCUGCGCCACCGUCCUCCUCGCGCUCGCCGCCCCAUCCCUCGCAGGCGACCCCGACAUGCUCCAAGACGUCUGCGUCGCCGACAUGGAAUCCCCGGUCAAGCUGAACGGGUUCCCGUGCAAGGCCAACAUCACCGCGGACGACUUCUUCUUCGCCGGGCUCAAGAAGGCCGGCAACACCAACAACGCGGCGGGGUCGGUGGUGACGGCGGCGAACGUAAUGUCGUUCCCGGGGGUGAACACCCUGGGCGUCUCCAUGGCGCGCAUCGACUACGCGCCUGGAGGGCAGAACCCGCCGCACACACACCCGCGCGCCACCGAGAUCAUCUUCGUCACCGAGGGCACCCUCGAGGUGGGCUUCAUCACCACCGCCAACAAGCUCUUCACCAAGACCAUCACCCUCGGGGAGGUCUUCGUCUUCCCGCGCGGCCUAGUGCACUUCCAGCAGAACAGGGGAUACGGCCCUGCCUCCGUCAUCGCCGCCUUCAACAGCCAGCUCCAGGGCACGCAGGCCAUCGCCACCACGCUCUUCGCCGCCGCGCCGCCGGUGCCCACCGACGUGCUGGCCAAGGCCUUCCGGAUCGACAACGGACAGGUGGACGCUAUCAAGGCCAAGUUCAAGUAGGGCGCCUCCGUCCGUCACCAACUCUACAUCAGUUUCUUCUGCAGAGAAGAAUCGUCCAUUUUGGUUACUGAAUAAAUGAUGCCCAAGUGGAGUGAGAUGUGUAACGUGUAGUUGAUUCCUUCAUGUGUAUGUUACAUUCGUUUGUCUUCGA